GCCCGCGCCGCUCCCAGCCCGGCGUUUGCGAAGAGAACGCGGUGGAGCCAAUAGGAGCGCAGAGGGCUCCGGGGCUUGACAAGGGCCAGGCUCUAGCAGGUCUUUAUUGUGCCACUCCUAAGCCUUCAGGGGAGACUGAAGAUGAUAACUUUCAUGAACAGCUCAGACAGUGAAGAAGAGCCCUGCAAUGAGAGAACCUCCCUGAUGUCAGUUGAGAGUCCUCCUGUGCCCUCCUACCAGGAUGGCCUGCAAGCACCAGAAGUAGUGGAAACACAGACACACAGGAAGAGGUACACUGGUAGCAGUGGUAGCUCUAAUGAUGUUGCACAUGGAAAUUCUGACGCAGAACUUCUGGUGCAAGAUGUUCGAUUGGACAAUGAAGAGGAAGAACUGACUCUGAAAUAUGGAGCCAAACAUGUGAUCAUGCUUUUUGUGCCUGUCACACUUUGUAUGAUUGUUGUUGUUGCCACCAUAAAGUCAGUGCGCUUCUACACGGAGAAAAAUGGGCAGCUGAUAUAUACUCCCUUCAGUGAAGACACACCUUCUGUGGGCCAGCGUCUCCUGAACUCUGUGCUGAACACCCUCAUAAUGAUUAGUGUCAUUGUUGUAAUGACAGUCUUCCUAGUUAUACUAUAUAAAUAUCGUUGUUACAAGUUUAUCCAUGGCUGGCUGAUUCUUUCGUCUCUGAUGCUAUUGUUCCUCUUCACCUACAUCUAUCUUGGCGAAGUGUUUAAAACAUACAAUGUGGCCAUGGAUUACCCCACUCUUUUCUUUGUCAUCUGGAAUUUUGGGGCAGUUGGGAUGAUUUGCAUUCAUUGGAAAGGCCCCCUUCAGCUCCAGCAGGCCUAUCUCAUUAUGAUCAGUGCUCUGAUGGCAUUAGUUUUCAUUAAGUACUUACCUGAGUGGUCAGCAUGGGUCAUUCUAGGAGCCAUCUCCAUUUAUGAUCUGAUGGCUGUGCUGUGUCCCAAGGGGCCAUUAAGAAUGCUAGUAGAAACUGCACAGGAAAGAAAUGAGCCAAUAUUUCCUGCAUUAAUCUAUUCUUCUGCUGUGAUGUGGACAGUAGGAAUGGCAAAGCCAGAUACAGCAUCAAGGGGGUUGAGUCAGCAGACAUGGGAUUCAGCUGAAGAUAUGAGAGAGAAUCAUGAAAGCCCUUCGCACUUGGACUCUGAAAUUUCUGAGACCAGGAAUCCUGCUCCAUCCCAUCCAACUGCUUCUUCAUUAGAGGAGCUGGAGGAGGAGGAAAGAGGUGUCAAGCUGGGCCUUGGCGACUUCAUAUUUUAUAGUGUGCUUGUAGGGAAAGCAGCUGCCACUGCUAGUGGAGACUGGAACACAACACUGGCCUGUUUUGUAGCUAUCCUCAUAGGUUUAUGUUUGACUCUUCUAUUGCUGGCUGUGUUCAAGAAGGCAUUACCUGCUCUUCCCAUCUCCAUCACCUUUGGCUUGGUAUUCUACUUCUCAACAGACAACCUCGUACGACCUUUCAUGGACACCCUUGCUUCUCAUCAGUUGUAUAUUUAGAAGAAGAAAUGGGAGCUGGAGAAUGCAUUCUGCAGUCUUGCCUUGGAAGUAUGGCAUUUCCACUGGAAUAAGUUGUAUAAUUUGACACUGAGUGCCAUAUAUUUUUAAGAGAACUUUUAAAGUAAUGAUAUGAUAUGCAGUUGUGUCAAGGGCUAAGAUUCUCCAAAGGAGCUGAAGGGAGUUGGGUGCCCAGCUUUUGAUGAGUUGUGUACCUAGCUCCAUUAGGGUCCUUUGGAAACCUCAGCCUUGAGGUUGGUGUCUGAGCAGCAGCUGUGCCCAUCACCAUCACCUGUAGUACAUACUGAAGAAAGCCUAUAUGGAAUACAGGCCAACAGAUGGAUGAAGAACUUUAUUGUGUGCAUGUUGGGACUGAGACACAUUGGCACUUUGUCCUGGAGUUGCAAUGAAAUUUAAUUGUACAUUAUGACACUUAGCACAUCACAGUUUUUCAAAGCGCUGUUUAAACACUAGUUGAAAAUGUCAGACAUGAUUAGAAAAAUUUAGUGCCCAAUGUACAUACAGGAGAGUAGUGUACUGUAGCUAGUUUAUGAGCAUUAGACGACGGGGAGACUCUUGUUAUUCCAGCAGGAUGUUGAGAACCUAUUGGGCCCAAUCCUGCAUGCCUUCUGCAGGGAAAAGUCCCACUGAAAUUGGGAUGUCCUUUGUUUAAAACAGAGUAUGUUGUUAUCUUGGUGGGACAUGGAAAAUGCAGUCCUGUCUUUUUCAGUGAGAUACCCCUGGGUGGCCUGUUGGCAAUGUGGGGUGCCUAUACAUGUGCAGUGGGGCUGCUUCGUUGCAUUGUAAUUACAGUGUCAGAGCAGACUCGAUUAAUCAAGUCUGCUGGAGCCUAGUAAUUACCAUGCUCCAGCUGACUCCAUCAUCAUGUGUAUCGGCAUAUCCCCAUGCUGAAAAAUGGUGGUGUGGGUACUUUAACUAAAACUCGUCAAAUAAAGUUUAGUUAAAGCACCUCUGCUGCCAUUUUUCAGCAUAGGGGUGCUGAUACACGACGCUCUGUGUGCUUUAUUUAGAGCAGUUCUUGGAGCCGCUGUAAUUAAAGUGUGCUUCCUCCCCCCCCCCCCCACACACACACUCAGAACAUGUGUAUAAAUGCCUGUGGAGUCUGAAUACAGAACCUUUGUGUCUGAAGGUGUUAGCCUCUAAUGCCUGAGCUCUGAGAGGCUCUGAAACCUUUUUGUGGUCCAGCCAGAGGGUCAGAGGUAUCUAACUUACUUAGACCAAAUCCAGUCUGCGGGGUUCCUCAGGGGCCAGAUCUGGACCCACCUGUGGCAGCAUGGUAAGUAUAGGGUGAGCAACCUCAAGGAGCAUUAACAGCAUUAACACCCUAACAGUAGGGUGAACAUUAACAUAGCUGACCCUUCUCUCCCCUCCCCCUAUCUUCCUCUUGCCACCAUCCCCGCCAAAAUAUGUCCCCAACAACACUCUAUCUAGAUUUUGGCAAUAGGCCCUGCACCUGAAUUUGCGGACCAGAUGACAGCUUUUCAGGCUGGAUCUAGCUUGUGGACCAAAUGUUUGACACCUCUAAUGUAGCUUUUUCCCUUUCUUUUCCUAGCACUUCCCUGUUUGAUAUUACAAACCUCAGAUUACCAAAAAAAACUUUGCACAACUCCAAAUGAACAAUUGAAUUGUAACUUUUUGUGCACUUCUCUAGGCUUAUUCCUGUGCAUGUUAUAAUCACUGUAGGGAGGAUUUUGCAUCCCCUUUAUAAAAAAGAUUCUCUUACACUAACCUAGGUUUGACUCCUUUGCAGAUUUUUUUUUUUUUUUUUUUUGGUACUGCUGUUUAAAAACUUUUUACUAAAAAUUGUAGAUUUGUUGUAUAAAUAUUUAAUGCAAGAGUGAAUAUUUUGGAAACAUAUUGUUACAGUUUGUAUCAAGAUAAGAGGUUCACAUUUUAAUGCUACACCUUAUUCUAAAUAAGGCUUGGUCAAUGCUGGUAAUAUUUACAUGCCUAAAAUGACCCCAUAAAAACUGCUGACAUUGCUGCCAGCUAACAGUGCAGGGUGGAGUCAGUCUUCCUAUUCAGAAUAUUAAUCACUCUUAUCUCCCUCCCCCCCAUUUAAAAACUAUUCUGGGGUUUUGUUUUGUUUUACAAACACCCAUUUCUAAGAAAUACAACCUCACUGAUUUUUUUUUUUUUUAAAGCUUGAUUCAAGUACAUAAACAAUCUGUGUGGGGGGUUGGCUUUUUUCUUUGACAGUUGAUCAGUCUCAGUGUUUCAAAACAUAACCUUGUGCAAGACUUCUGUGAACAAAUGUGUUACUAAUUGAAGGAAGCAAAACUGCAGUCUGAAAAUAUUUUUUUAGAUAAUGCAUAGAAUAUGUAUUUUUAAAAUGGUGGGUUUUUCAAUACACUUAAACCUGCUUUGAUAUUUAAACAGAUACUUUUUAAACUGUUUGAAUCGAUUUAAUAAUACUUACAUCAGUUGUUUGUAGGGAUUUUAUGGACCUCGGAUAAUUUCUGCUUUGUCUAGUCUUUUUUACCUUUUGUUUCUCGCCACUGCAAUGUUUGGCUUGAAAAUGCUGCAGUAGGUUGGUCUAAUUCUUACUAAAAUAUCUCAGAAUAUUAAAAAUAAUGGGCCUAUUUCUUGUGGAGCAAAGGCUUUUUGUUGGGGUGAAUUAAAUAUCUUCAGUAAAAUGUCUUCCCCCUUCUCCCCAAAAAUGUAAUCACUUUUAACUUUCUUCCUCCUCUGUGGUAUAGGGAGGGUGUCAAACCUUUAUAUGUAAGUGGACAAACCUACUUGCCUGAACAGGGUUGAGGCAAAUUUGCUAGAACAGACUUACUACUAUGAAACUAAUUUCGUACGUGAAGGAACCUGUGGCUAGAUCCUCUGAUGCAAAUUGAAACAGCUUCUGUGAGGUCGUUGUUCCUUUGCUGCAUUAGCUGAGGAUCUGGCUUCUGAGCAGUUGUGUCUGAAAUAUUCCUAAUAAAUAUAACUAAGGCAAUGUAUGAGUAGCUUCUGUAGCCCAAAUCUUACUUCACCUCUUAGGCAUCUAAAUCCUGCUUAGCUGUCUAAAAGGAAGUGCUUUAGUGAAACUUAGUGCUAUCUAAACAGAUUUUAGGUCUUCUACCUGCAUCCAUUUUACACAGUUAGCAUUCGUCUUUGGAUAAACACUAGUGGGGGCGGUAGCAGAGGCAAGAAAUCAGAGCAGUUCUGAUUUUGCUGUGAGCCACAGAGCAGUACUUCCUCUGGCUUGUUCUUUUGGUCCCACACAUCUUCCUCUCCUGCCUGCUUAGUAGACCAGCUUCAACAGAGCUUAGAGGGUGCUCUCAGCCCUGCCUAACCCAUGGCCUGGUUAUUAGGGCUCUGUUCUGGGAAGUGGAAGAGGUGGGUUAAACCCCAACUGGUGGGGUGGGGGGUACUAUAAUCUGUAUCUGCCAUUCCCCAGGCAAGUGCCCUGACCAGAAGGUAGUUGGGGUCCUCUCCUCUUUCCUGAAUUCGGGAGAAUUCUGUGCUUUUUUCCAGGCAAAAUAGGAUUGCUUGGAGCACAAUUGGCUCAGGAGGGCAGGUCCUAUUGUAGUCCUGGAAACAUGGUCUAAAAUCUGCUGACUUGGUACUAGAUGUCUACAUGCUCUGUACUCCUCUAAAGAUGAAAUAAGAUUUGGGUUUGUCAGGGCAACAAAACAUCAUCCUGGCAGAUGGUAGAGGAGUAUAUUGUUAUAUACCAGAGUAGUUUUAAUUGUAAACAUUUGUAUGUAUUUACUACAAAUAUAUGUGUGUGUGUAUACACAAAGCUUUGAAUGA